AUGACCGCUUGCCGCCACAGCCAUACGGCCUCUAAUUUUCCAAGAAUAUACCUCACCGGAGUCGUGAACGACUUGAAGCCGAUUCCAACUGGCAGAGCUGCGUGUAAAGAUGGAUCCUCCGAGUUACGAGGAACAACCUGGGACAGCGGCUCAAAAGCACCGCACGCGUUGAGUAUUCGAGAAGAGAUUGGCGCAUCCAGAUGGCAGCAUGUAGCCGCUUUGGUCUCGAAAUUGCUACCGCAGGUUCUCACUGCUGAUAUUGCCCUCCGACCAAACGUCAGCAGCAAAGGCGAGCUCGUAGGCUUUGCCGAAGAUGAUCGACCAGUUCUUGUGCAGCUCGAGGGCGACUUCGACGAUAGCCCGUUCUGGACGCAACAGGAAGCACUGGAUUUGCUGCGGCAGCAAAUGUAUGCAGAGGUCGCUGGCGAUGCAACAAGUUCAGCCGUGGAGGAAGCUCUACCCCAGCGAGCCGUGCCGCAGUCGAAGUCAUCGUGGUUUGGAGGACGAAAGCAGAUCAAGGCAGCAGCCACGAAGGUGACCGUGGCGCCCAAAUGCCUGGUUCGGGUCGAAGUUGAGCUGGAGACGGUGAACUUUCGCACUGUGACUGAGUAUGGCUUAUGCGAGACCAUGCGAGGGCGUGGAGUGCUUUUGACCGUGCAUGUCGCAUGA